UACGUCAACUUAAAAUCGAAGUAGAUUUCUCCAGGCGUUCACUCUUUAUGUUCUGUAUUGCAAUAAACAUUUUUCUACGUGUGUUCUUCAGCAUGGUGUGUUUAGAGCCGCGGGGGCCCGCCGCUGUGAACGAAUCCCCGUGAGGAGCAGCGCGUCUGGGAUCAAUCUACGCUUCUUUCCGCUGAGCUAACGUUAUUGCAUCUAUUAGCAAAAACUCGCUAGCAGAGGAGCUAGCGCUAGCACUUAGCCAUCCCUGCCCUAUCGUCGAGCGAGCUGAGCGUUAGCACUUUAGCCUAGCUCGCUAACCAGUGACAACUGACAAAGGGUAUGGAUGAUGUGAUCCUGAACAUAGAAGAGUGAAAGAAGACUUUUCCAGUUUGGGUCAUUAAAAGUGACAAUUGACACGCUUUCAGUUUCCCUUCAUAAGACAACGUCCCAGUAAUUCACACGGUCUGUGAAUUCACCUGUCUACAGUUCUUUCUGCACCUGAACCAUGUGAGGGCCCCUCGGUCCAAUCUGAGGGGAUCCCAGGACUGUUGCAAGCACGACCCCGCUGUGCGGGGCGAGACUGAUCCUGUCUGUGUUUGAGAGAGCAGUCUUUGCAGUAGCCCCCUCCCCACCCACACAUUCCUGUUCUCCUUACUGAGGAGACACGCCAUGAUGUUCCGAGACCAAGUAGGUAUCCUCACAGAUUGGUUUAAAGGCUGGAAUGAGUGUGAACAGACGGUGGCACUGUUGUCCCUCUUGAAGAGGGUGUCCCGCACCCAGGCUCGCUUCUUACACAUCUGCCUUGAACACUGGCUGGCAGACUGCACAGAGAUCCACAUCCUUGAAGCUGAGGCCAACAAUGCAGCGAUUGUCAGCCAGUGGCAUCAGGAACCGAAAGAGAAAGUGGUUUCCUUGCUGCUGUCUCAUCUGCCUCUGCUGCAGCCACGCAACAGUGAGGCCAAAUGUGAGUACAUGAAGCUGCUGCAGAAGGUGUUGAGUCACACCAUUGAGAGUAGCCUGUUUGUGGAAGAAAGCAGACAGCUGCUUUCCUAUGCUCUUAUCCACCCUGCGACCACACUGGAUGACCGUACCUCUCUGGCCAUGUGGCUAAACCACCUGGAGGAACACCUAUCAAGUGGCUAUGCACCUCGGCCUCCAUCCAGUCCCUACCACCCACGCCAGGGCUCAGAUGAGUGGCCCAGCUCUGCUGAGGCUCUGGACCCUGGCCUUGCUUGGCACGACAAAUCCUCAUCAUCAAGCACAUCUCCUGCAGGCCAGAACGGACACAUGCCAUUCCCAGGCGGGAUGUCCUCUCCCAUCAACAGCAAUAACACAGGUCUGGGUGGGCAGAUGCAGCCCAGCCCUCUGAAGAAGUCCAUGUCCGUAAUUCCUUCCAGUCCCCAGGCUUGUGGCUCUGAGUGGGUUAGUCAGGAUGACAUAGGAGGGCGACAGAACUUUAUUCCGACAGAUCAUGCACCUCUCUCACCCCAAAGCAGCGUCGCGUCCUCAGGCAGUGAACAGACUGAAGAACAGGGCUCCGCUCGCAACACUUUCCAGGAGGACGGCAGUGGCAUGAAAGAUGUUCCGGCGUGGCUGAAAAGUCUCCGCCUUCAUAAAUAUGCAUCGCUUUUCUCCCAGAUGACCUAUGAGGAGAUGAUGAUUCUCACAGAGCAGCACCUUGAGUCACAGAAUGUCACUAAAGGAGCACGGCAUAAGAUUGCCUUGAGUAUCCAGAAACUGCGAGAGAGGCAGAGUGUGCUCAAGUCCUUAGAAAAGGAUAUUUUGGAGGGGGGAAACCUCCGCAAUGCCCUUCAGGAGCUGCAGCAGAUCGUCACCACACCCAUCAAGGCCUACAUCCCACCCUGUGCAGCACAGCCUACUUUAGAAACCGCCUCCUCCCCUUCAGAAGCCUCAAAAACAGGAGCAGAUAAAGAGCCAGUCUCAGAGGGCUUCCAGACCCACAACCCACCCCCUUGCGAUGGAGACUCCUCAGCCACACCCAUCUCAGACGGCGACAUUGCUGGACAGUUCACCCGUGUCAUGGGCAAAGUGUGCACCCAGCUGCUGGUGUCCAGGCCAGAUGAGGAGAAUAUCAGCUGUUACCUUCAGCUCAUCGAGAAGUGUCUAACACAUGAGGCUUUUACAGAAACUCACAAGAAGAGGCUGGUCUCUUGGAAGCAGCAGGUCCUCAAAUUGCUCCGCCUCUUCCCUCGGAAAGCUAUGCUGGACAUGCCUGUGUACCGACAGAAAGGCUGGACGUAUGGGUCCAACUCCCUCCCCACAGCCGGCUCUGUGAGUGGAGGUGUAGGGCGACGAGGGCAAAGGCAGUUCCAAAUGACCCCUCGUGGACUCCCAGCCAGUCGCAUAAGUCUUCUGAGUCCUGGUGGGAUUGGCGGAGCAUCUCCACGCCACACGCUCACUAAUCCUGUGCUGGCAGGCCAGGGUAGACAAAACCUGUGGUUUGCCAACCCUGGGGGCAGUAACAGCAUGCCAAGUCAGAGUCGCAGCACUGUGCAGCGGACCCACUCACUCCCUGUCCACACUUCCCCACAAACCAUGCUCAUGUUCCAGCAGCAAGAAUGCCAAGUUCCAGGUGCUGACCUGGAGAUCAACCCCACGCUGGAGUCAUUGUGCCUCAGUAUGACAGAGCAUGCCUUAGGGGAUGGAACAGACCGGACAUCAACAAUAUGAAGAGAAGGAAAAAUACACUUCAUCUGAGGCCUGUUCAGUUCCUCAUCACCCAGCACAAAGAUAUACGUAUGCUUAAGAAAACCAGGCAAAGCAGUCACUACAAAAUGACAAAAAACUGUGUAUAUGUUCUCUAAUAUUUUUGUACUUUAUUAUAUACAACUAAGUUUAUUAAAAAUGGAAUACAGAUGAUUAUUAUAUUGCAGGACAGAGAAAACAAAGGUUAACUGUGCAAUCUGCUCCGUGUCACUUGCAGGACUGUGACAUGACGUGCAGAGGGUCAGUUUGCCACGGUCUGAGAGAAAAGCGGUCGAUUGGUGCUGUCUUAAAGGGUUUCUGCCCUAAGAGUUACUUUUCUUUUCCUCCUGCCGUGGAGCAAGGGUUUCUAUCCAGAUCACACUGCAUAAUGUGUAAAUCAGACAAAGUCUAGCCAGAAACAAGGCACUUUUAUUAAAUUAUCUGUGAUAUUAGGCACCAAACUGGAAUUGGCCCAAGAAUUCACUUAACUGGUGGACAGGUGUUGAUAUACAGACACCAAUACACUUCCUAGCCACCUUAACUGCUCUGUAACCAGUGCUAGUGAGAGCUUGUGUUGGUUGAAACUUAAAUUCAUUUCUUGGCUCCUUUCCUCCUCUCUAGAGAAGUUGUUUUUUGCUAAGGCAAGAAACUGAGGACCAAAAGGAUCGAGACAAAAGCUUGUAAUUCAACUGUCGGCAUACCUGUUGUUUUGGUCAUUUUCCCUGAACACUUAGUCAAAGUAGAAGUGACUGUCCUCCUCCAAACUUCUACAAAGCCAAAGAGAAAGGUUGUGCGAUGGUUAAUUUGAAAAGGAUCUUUGUAGUGAAGUGCAACAGAACGGUAUAAUUUUGUAAAAAAAAAAAAAGAACAGCAGUUUGAAGACUUAAUGCCAGCUGCAAUUUGUCUCUGUCAUUUUAUGCCCUGCUACGUAAAUGAUGAUGAAUCUCAUUUUGUGCCGAGGAAUCCCAGAGCGGUGAAUAAGGGCCGGUGUGGUUUGUACUGUGCAGAGAGCUGAUCUGAUAUUGAAUUGAUAAAGGGAAGGAGGGGAGAGUGUUUUCAAUCUGCACUCAAACGGUGAGAAAACUAAAUGAAACCCAUUUCAAACCUCUGGCCUCUUUAUGAUUGGCUUUGGAAAAUGAAGCUUGAUCCUGUAAUAAAUGCUCUGGAGCACAGCGCCCUCACCCUCACAGUGCCCUCUUCCUCAAACGGCCAACGUGAUGAUUUGAUGAAUCAUACUUUUCAAGGUGCUUGACGAUGUCCAUAUUUUCUGUUUGUGUCUCUGUGUUUCAGUCUCAGAACCCAAACAUUAUCAUGUGGUAUCAGUGUUGAAUCAAAAACAGUCUUAUACAGCCUCUGUCUUUGAAUGUGGCAGAGCGGAGGUGCAUGUAUGUGUAAUAUGGUCUUAACUUUUGGAUCACUUUUGGUUACAUCAUAAGGCAGGGAUAACCAUUCACAUUUUUAUUUCAGCAGAGCCAUAGAAGGUCGGUCUAGUGAAAAAAAGGUUAUUUACAGAUAUCUUUUCCAAAUGUAUUUUUUACUCUCCCGUGAUAUUGAUAACUUAUGCUUAUUUUCUAUAAUCGCAUGUUUUGCCACACUAAUACAGCACUGUUGUAGAUAGAGGACAUGGUGGUUGAUGGCGCCCAGUGUCACCAACAGCUAGAGAGCAAGAAAUCUUGCAACUUAUGUUGUAUGUUUAUAUCGCCUAAAUGUCACUGUUUACAUCUCUCUGGGAUAAUGCCCGAUUCAUGUUGAGUGAUGUCAUGAAUACUCCAUUGUCUCACUAUGUAACGCAUUAAAGAACUGAAGCCUUCUCGCACAGGAGCUGGCUGGGUAGAGCCUGAAAACAAAAGCCCUUCUACCCACUAAUCCAUGGACUCCAUCUGAGUCUGUUGAUUUUUCAAGUGAUAACCUUACGGGGCAUGUAACACCUGCUUUUCUGGUCAUGCAGUGAUGAGAGAGAAUGACCUUUCCUGACCUUGUGACUGAGCUGUUCGCUGUCAUGUCCUCUUAAAACUGUUCAUGUGGUGCCUGAAAUGCACAGGUCCAUUAUCCUCAACAAGUUGAUAAAAUGGUCUUGAGUAGUAGUCUAGUCAUGAAGUUCUUCAGAGCAGGCUCUUGGAUAGAUCUGACUUACUAAAAGCUUCGCACUCAUGCCCAAAGAGGACUUCAGCGAGUGCAAUGCUGACAACUUUAAGAUCUUAUUUUUAUUUUUA